AAACGUCACUGUCAAUGUCAAAUUUCUUCUUUUUUAUAUUAAUCUGAACUUUUGACGUAGAUGUCACAUUUAUGACAAAAACGUCAAUUUCUUGCACCUUAUGACUUAUGACUUCUUGACUUCAGUUGUUUGUAAUUCGUGAUGUAGUGAAGUUUGUCAACAAAAGAAUUGCAUAUAGGUAACGCCAGAGGAGAAUGUGAAUUCAUACCGCGAAAGUUAUGGAACACUCUGACGAAGACACCGAAUUGGAUCCCAGAAUUCAAAUCGAGCUAGAGAAAUUGAACACAACCACAGAUGAAAUCAAUAAAUUAGAAGUAGAAUACGAUGAAGAAAAUAAAACUUUUCGCAUGCUUCUCAACGAAUGCACCAGGCGACUCAAGGUCUUAUCGAAGAAGUUAGGAAGCUGCAUCGAAAAGGCCCGUCCUUACUACGAACUCCUCGAGGUUGCUAAGAAGUCGCAGCAGGAAUGUCAUGAAGCGGCAGCUCUUUACAAAAAAGCUCACGGAAUUCACGCGGCAGCAAAAGAAACAGUAGCUUUAGCGGAACAGCAGUUUUUGACCAAUCAACACGAAUGGCAGUUUGACAACGCUUGGCAGGAGAUGUUAAAUCAUGCUACAAUGAAGGUAAUGGAGGCCGAAACAAAGAAAGCUGAAUGCGGUCGCGAUCACCAGCGAAAAGCACUUGCGUGCAAGGAAAUCGAAGAAAAACUGAAAUUCCACGAGGAAAAGUUCCACAGAUCCAUAAUCAAAGCGCGCCCGUACUUCGACGAAAAGUCGCUCUGUCAGGAUCAAUUAAACACUCAAAAGUCCCGCAUAGGAUCGCUCAAACAGGAAAUACUAAACUCCAAACAAUCCUAUUCGCAAACAUUGAAGAAUCUCGAACAGAUAUCCAACGAAAUCCAUCUGAAACGGCAAGGAAAGAGCCAAGAAAACGACAUGUUGCGGGGGCCUCGAGAGCCCGGCGUUGGUGCUGAAUUAACAUCGAAUUUCGAAGAGAUACCGUUAACGAAACAAUACGCCUCACUGCCAGAUAUAUCUGUCGAACUCGAUAAAUUCGAUCGUUGUUGUAGCGGCGUUGCCAGUUCGUCGGUGAGUGAAAGGGACGAGAGCGAACUUACCCCAGAUGAUGUCGACGUUUUAUUUAGCAAAUUAGAUAUUAGGCCUGUUGAAGGGACAAGUGACAAUACGUUUGUUAGUGAAGUAUAUGUAGAGAAGUCGAAAAAUAAUGUUUAUUAGAUUGAUUAGAGAUUUUAUCAGGUUGUAAUUAGAAAUUUUAUAGUUGGCAAUAACUUCAAGUGCCGAUGAUUCAUUUGCAUUCGGGCUAAAUAAAUUAGCGAUGAGGAUAGUUUACACAAGUUAUAAUACAGGGUGUCCCAAUAAAAGUAGCCCAUUUAAUCGGCUUAUAAUUUUUGUAAAAGUUAUAGCAAAAUAUAACAUAUCUGUGAAAACCGCAUGUUUUAUAAUUAGGCGUUUACAAAUUGUAAGCUGAUUAAAUGGGCUAUUUUUCAUUGGGACACCCUGUAUUAUACGUCGUAGAGUAAUUAAAAUUUUCAAUUUCAAAAAUUGAAUACAAACACAGUGCAUUUUUUACUUUUGCUUUAAAUACAUACAUAAAUUUUAUUAGAAAUUAUUGUUCAAAACAAAGCCCCGGAUGAUUUCGAAUUAUAUGAGUUAAAUCAUUUCAAUUAUUAUUACGUGUUUUUUUAUUUGUAGUUUAUUUAAAAAUCUUGCUAUAAAAUUGUACA